UCGCCGGAAAGUUUGUGCUCCAUGUGGAGAAAAAAUAGUUGUCAAAGGAAGAAGGUUAGAAUGGUUUUUUAUAACAAAAAAAUAUGAAGAUUUGAUCAAGAAUUUUUCAAGCGAAAAAUUUGAUAUACAAAACUCCAAGUUUCCUUUAAGUAUUUGCGGUUCUUGUCGUUUAUCACUUGAUGAGUACGAAAAGGGGGUGUUUAAAAGACCAACACCUGUAAUGCCAAAUUAUUUGGAUAUAGAAUUACCAAAAAAUACUCGGCACAACGAUAGUAUUCAAUGUUCUGACUACAUUUGUACAAAAGCUACAUAUGAAGGUCAUAUUAACCCGAAAAAAGGUGCCGGUAACAAAAGGAAGUUUACAAACGAUGUCUGCACAUCAAAAGAAAACAAUACUUCUUUGAACUCAAAUUAUCAGCAAGAGGCUCUGAAUGUAUUACACAAAAUUUUUUCAGAAGGAACAAAGUCUGUUGAUUCCACGAGGUGCAAUAUUUGUUUACAAGAAAUUGGUCGAGGUAUAAAGCAUCCCUGUCUUGCUAAGCGUAAUGCUGUUUGUGAAAAUGUGGUGAAUAUAGUCCAUCAACUUCCUGAAAAACAACAAGAACAGAUUCUAUACAGUUUGUUACGAGAUCUAACGAAUAAAGCAGAAAAUCCAAAUAGAAAAAAUAAUGUUAAUCUUCAGCUCACUAAUGUAUCAGGACCUGCAAUGAAAAUUGCACUCUAUCCAACACACAAGAAAAUUGAAUUUUCAAAUGAACAGUUUAGCAACUUUCAAGUAAAUACAGGAUCUUCAACCAAUUUAAUGAAAAAAAUGGCUGAUGUUGUUCGUCGCGUUGUUGGUAGACGUUCGGUAUCCUCCAAUUUAGCUGAACAUUUAUCGCUCAAGUCGACAUUAUUAUCUGAUUUAUACCAACACGAUGUUAGGGAAUUUCACGUAGAAGGCGUAAAAAAUACCAAGGAAAAAAGACCCGUUGUAUUUGCUGAUGCCGAAGCGAUAGUUUCAAAAAUUAUUAAGCUCAGAAAUUUAAUCGGCGAUUAUCACAUUAAAAUUCUUGCAGAUGGUGGGCAAGGUUUUUUUAAAAUGUUUUUAACUCUAAUUUCACAGAAUUACAAUUUGGAAAACGAAAAUAAUACUGCUAACGAAAUAAACGAAAAUGUUGAUCCUGAAUCACCUACAGAAAAACGAUGUCGCUAUUCUGGAGGCGCUGUGACCGGAAGAAAAGCAAAGUUGACGAGUGUGAAUCGUCUAAUAAUUUUAUGUUUAGUUCCGAAAAUCAAGGAGACAUACGAGAACCUAGAAUUAUUGUUUCAGCUGCCUAAACUGAAUAACAUUCCUUUCAAGUUUGUGGCUGAUUUUAAGUUGAUACUGAUGGUGAACGGUCAGCAAACUGCGACUUCGAUGUUUCCAUGCCCAUAUUGUUGUAUAUCGUUGCGUUCUUUGAGAAGUUCAAACGACGAAAGAAACGAAAAUUCAGUUUCAAACAAAAAAAUUGAUUUUUUACAUUUAGAGUCUCGAGAUCUGAAAACUUAUUGGCAGUUAAAAAAUGAUUUCGAAGCAUUUUGUAAAGCGGGAAAAGAUAAGAAAGUUGCUCCACAUUUUCAUAGCACAAUAAAUGCACUAUUGUUCGAAGAAUCUGAUGAUCUUUGUGUGUUGGAGAAAUGUAUCGUCCCAGAACGAUUCUUCAAGGAUUUGUCUACCAUUUAUUUUGGGACGGAAUAGUACCUCUUGUUGCCCGUGAAAAGGCUCUUUUAUGGCCUAGGAAACUUGGAGUUAUUUCAAAAUCUUACCAUGGUGAAGUGUUCGAAGGAAAUGGUUGUAGAAAACUUCUGUCGGAACCAGAUAAGUUGUUGGAUCCAGAAAUUUUUAAAAGUCAUACUCAAUAUACCCUCGUACCUUUCGUAUCUGCCUUAAAAGCAUUUGAUCAAUUAGUGAAGAAUUGUUUUUCUACGAGAACAGUCAACUACAGUGUAUUGAGCAGCCAAAUUAGAAACGUGAAAAAAGCUUAUGAAGCCACUGAGAUGACCGAAACAUUGAAAAUACACGUACUUUUGGAUCAUCUUGAACAAUGUUUAAAGUUUUUAGGAAGACCUCAUGGUUUAGGAAUUUGGUCUGAGCAAGCGGGCGAAAGUGUUCACCAUUCCUUUUUGAAAACUUGGAAUAAGUAUAAAGUAAAUUCAAUGGUGGAUGUUGAGGGAUCAUUUGAAACAUAUUCAAAAAGACUGUUGAGGGCAGUAGUAGAGUUUUCUUCUCAACAUGUUUGAAUAUUUCGGGUACGAAAAUAAA